CCCUUAAACCUCUCUGUUUUUUCUAAGAGUUCUUGUUCCCAGUAGAUGUUUAUUAUUAGGUGCAAAGUAGAAUCAUUUAAGCUGGAGACCAUGAGCCGUUCUUUAAAGCAAAGAGUGUUUGCAUCUCUUCCCUGACCUUCAUCGACUGAAUGUUUCCCCAGGAAAUUGAUGCAAUGCUGCUUCUCAGACGCUGUCACAGCCUGACCCGACUUGGCUCUUUAGGCCCUCAAAGGUGUAAGGCAGCUUCUCCUCUUGCAUCCCUUGCCGCUCGUCUGUGCAGCAGCAGGAGGGAAGACCAAAGAUCCUCCCAGCAUGUCAACAACAGUGCCAGCUGGAAAACUGUAGUUGCUGGUCUGCUGACUGGUACUGGUGCUGUGCUGGCUUAUACUUUGCACCACCAAAAGGUUGAACGAGCAGAUGCUGGUUUACCCAGCGAAGCAAAAAGCUCCCCUCUUCCUGUCUUUAACUACGAUGAAGUCACAAAGCACCGCUCUCUGGAAGAUGGCAUAUGGGUCACUUAUAAAGGAGGUGUUUAUGACAUCACUGAGUUUGUGGCGAUGCACCCUGGUGGGAAUAAAAUCUUGCUAGCAGCAGGUGGUGCCCUUGAACCUUUUUGGGCCCUCUAUGCUGUUCAUGACCAGGAAUAUGUGCUGGAGAUCCUCUCGCAGUAUAAGGUUGGCGAGCUGAGUGUGGAGGACCAGAAGAAGCAGGAGAACACCAAGGCGUCAGACCCCUACGCCUCUGACCCUGAGCGCCACCCUGUGCUUCGAGUUAACUGCAAAAAGCCCUUCAAUGCCGAGCCUCCUUCAGAGAUCCUGACAGAAAGCUACAUCACUCCUCAUGUGUUUUUCUUCAAAAGAAACCGCCUUCCUGUUCCUCAGGUUGACACGGCUUCAUAUCGCCUCCAAGUGGAGGGCCUGUCAGGAGGAGAGCUCUCUCUGUCUUUAGAGGACUUGAAGACGCAAUUUCCCAAGCACACCGUUACCGCUGCAAUGCAGUGCGCAGGAAACCGCCGCAGCGAUAUGAAUAACAUAAAGGAGGUGCAAGGACUGAACUGGGGCGUAUCUGCCAUAGGGAACGCUAAAUGGGGCGGCGCAAGGCUCAGAGAUGUGCUCCUGGCUGCGGGGUUUGGGCCAGAAGUAGCCAAAUGGGCUCGCCAUGUCCACUUUGAAGGACUGGAUAAAGAUGUGACGGGGACAGCAUACGGUACCUCCAUCCCUAUCAGUAAGGCCAUCAGUGAGGAGGGCGAUGUGCUCUUGGCUUAUGAAAUGAACGGUGAGGAUCUUCCCCCUGAUCAUGGCUUCCCGUUGCGCGUCGUGGUACCGGGCGUAGUGGGAGCACGCAACGUGAAGUGGCUGGGGCGGAUUGUGAUCAGCGCAGAGGAAAGCGCCAGCCACUGUCAGCAGCACGACUAUAAAGGUUUUUCUCCUGGGACGGACUGGAGCAAGGUUGACCCUAAAUCCGCUCCGGCCAUCCAGGAGCUUCCCAUUCAGUCCGCCAUUACCGUCCCGGCAGACGGAGCUGUGAUCGACCGCAGCGAGGUAACGCUCACCGUUAAAGGCUAUGCAUGGAGCGGCGGCGGCAGAGAGGUGGUGCGUGUGGAUGUGUCCCUGGAUGGAGGGAACACAUGGCAGGUGGCCCAGCUGAGGAAUGGGGACGAAGGGGAGACUGCUGAGCCGUCACCUCCUCCUGGUCGAGCCUGGGCCUGGAAGCUGUGGGAGCUGACGGCUCCUCUCCCGCCACAGGCUGAGGAGCUAGAGAUUAUCUGCAAGGCGGUGGAUAACAGCUACAACGUGCAGCCAGACACCAUCCUGCCCAUCUGGAACUUGAGAGGCCUGUUGAACAAUGCCUGGCACAGAGUGAAGGUCAGAGUCAGAGAAGAUUAAUGGGAGGGACAGGUUCAGUGGUUCAGAUCCAUAACUGAGUCACCAUGAGGGAACUGUGUUUACAGAGUGACUCAGUGAUAAACAGGAAGAGGAAUCGCUGCGUAUAAAACAUUUAUGUGGUGUUUCCUAGAAUAUAACAGAAGAAACUGAAGCAUCUCAACCGUAUGGGAUGUAACACUGAUGUUCAGGUCUCUGAAGUCUGAACCAUCAGUUUAGAUUCUCUGCAACUAAAGGAAGGUUCCUGGAUAAAAGUAGCCUUGUUGGUUCAUGCACAUUUCUCUGAAGCUAUGUUUUAGAGUAUUUUUUUCUGCUUGUUUGAAGAAAGUAAUGGCAUCAGGCAACCUGUGGCCUGUGGAGUCCUUUUUAGGGAGAUGGUCCUUUUAAACAAAUAAAGCACAUAAUGAAAGAAUAAGGAAGAAAAAUAUCACUUGUAGAAAUUUAUUUGGGAGUUAUUUGCUGAUUUUGGAAAACGGUUAUUUACUAAUGCCUUUCUUUGUAAUUUAAAAUUUAUUGAUCUCACAUUGGAGAAAUUUACCUCUUCAUUUAACCCAUCCCCUUGAGGAGCAGUGGGCUGCCGUCGUGAGGCGCCUUGGGAGCAAAAACAAGGGGUUAAGGGUCUUGCUCAGAGACCCAGAGUGGCAGUCUGUGGGAGUGGGUUUCUCAGUACUCCAUGCCCUAUGCCCUAACUAGGCCGCCACUAAAUGCUUACCUCAUUUAUUCCUCAUUAUGACUCUUGUUCCCAAGAGAAGUUAUAUAGGAGCUAUAGGUUACAAACACCUGUUAUAGACACCAUAGAGAACUGUGAGAGCUACUGGUUUUAAAGUGUUUUAAAUAAACGGAAGAAAAAAAACAGUAAAUUGAUUAAUGGAAAAUUGGCUGAUUCUAGUCUUUAGUCUGAUUACUGGAUCUAAAGAAGUUUUAAUUUCAUAGUUUUAUAAUCUAUAGAGAACCUUUUUUUGUAAAUGAACACAAAAUCUGUAAACAAUUAGUUAAAUCUCUUAAAACAGGAAGGUUAUAGAGACAUUUGAUGUUAUUGGGAGAUGGAUUGUGACUUCUUGAAAAGCUUCAUAUCUUUUUUUUUCACAUCUUUUUUUUUCAGAAUUUUCUACUUUAGCUUGCACUUUGCGAUAUUCAUUUUAAUGAGAAUCAAGAAAUUAUGUGAAAAAACAAGUUGUAACCAGGUGAAAACAUUGAUCUCGGCCAUUGGAGCACAGCGCUGUCCUGCAAUAAAGCAGUGAUGGAAACGUCUCGAGCAGAAGGUCAUCCUAAAGGGUCGACUUUUGGAGACUCGACAAACCAAAACACUUUUAAAAGCUCCUUAUUGUAAUUCAGUCGCCCUGUAAUUCCCACACAGGCAGUUUGAGAAGACUGCUUGUUAAUAGUAUAACUUUAUAGACUAGGAUUGUAGCAUAUUCUAAUACAUAGACCACUUUUUGUAGGCUAAAUGCAGGUUGUUCUUUGAGCAACUGUCUGUCAUCAGAUUAGGCUUUCUUUAUGUGAGUCAGCAGUGCAGCAGCUGUGUCAGUGAGAGUGAGAGUUGCAUUAAAGCGGCGUCUCUGUUCCUCGAAGGACAAAACUGGAUAAGUCUGUCUACAAUAAUGUAUCCUAAACAUCUUCUCUGGCCUUAAAAUGUCCUAAAAAAAACUGGAACAUGUGGUGGGUGGACAGGAAGUUAAAAUAUAGAUCUUAAUUCAGAUUGUAGCUGCAUUCAAACACUCAUUCAUUUAACUCAAACACACUGACAGCAGUCCUAGCUAAUUGUAACUAAACCUACAUUUAGAAAAGAGCCUCUUGAAAUGUCAGCGUUUUUUUACUGACAAGGGGAAAAUAGAAAUAAAAAAUGAGCUGCUAAGAAAGCUGUUUUCUCUUCUUCUUCAAACAGUAGUAGAGCCCUCAUUUGUCCUGAUGUUUACUAAUUUCUCAAAUCAUCUGUCCUCACUAUGACAUAAACUGUGCUGUCCUUUUGCAUUUGGUUGUGUCCUCCCUUAAAUUAAUUGCAUCGUUUGAGGUUAUGGAAGCUAAAACACCUUUAAUGUGGGGCUGAAACAAUCAGAUGAAUCAAUUAUUUAACUAAUAACCAUCUAAAUAGGCUUAAUCUGUAACUGGAAAGAUUCUAGAAAAUGCAGGACAUGAAAGAACCCACAGAGCAAUAAUUAAACCAAAAAUAUCAAAUGUUUUGCUGUGUAAGACAAAAUCGAUUCUGUUCAAUUUCACCACAUUUCAUUAGACAAUAUUUGCAUAGCUUCAAAAUACCAGUAUUAUGAUAUUUCUUUAGAUGAUAUUGAUUUUAAAUGUAAUUCCUAAUUGACCUUAAAUGUAAAAAAAAAAUUUAUUAUAUAUAUAUUUACGGGAAAACCUCUUAUUUCAUUGUCUUAGUUUUAUAUAAUUCUGUAACCCUCAGCAGCUGGUUGGCAACAACAUCUUGUGAGGUUUUCCAGAGCUAAAUUAUAUUCUUUUAAAAAUUACAUAUUGUAUUAAUCCUAUGCAUGGUGAUACGGAUCAUAUCACCAAAUUCUCCUCAAUUCAAACACAUAAUUUUGCAUUUAAGACUUAAAAAUCUUGUCUAUGAAAAUAUUGUAUACAGAACUCUCCAGGAUUUGUAGUGUUAACCAAACUGAGUUUUUUUGGAAUAAAUGAGAUUGUAUCUAACACCUCUUUUUAAGAGGGUAGCUGGUUUUUAUGGAGCUGUAAAUAUUUAUAUAAUUUUUGUUAAAUCAUACGGUGUGUAACUGGUGUCCUGCUGAGUUGUCGUAUUCAGUGGCAUUUUAAAAUGCUCUCUGUGCAUUUUCAAUUCUAGUAUACUGGAAAUGAUGCAGACUUCUAAUUUUACUCACUCUUUCUGCUGAUUUGGUUGCUGCUUAGUGUGAACCCUGUCAAAGUGCCAGUGCAACACCGCACUUUUUGGAUUCACUCGUUUUGUCAUUACACCAACCGCAGAAAUGUACUGGGUGCAUUUUGUUUUUCACAAUAUCUCAAAGAGAAAAUGGAGUUAAUUUUUCCUUUUAUACACUGAUUUAUACAGGAAAUCCAGUUUAAGUUAUUCAUCUUUUUAUGCCCAACAAAACGUUAUUCCUCUGAGUACAUGUUUACAGUAAAAUGUCUGAAUUUUGUUAUUUAUGUCAUUACAAACUCCCAUGUCAUUUGUUUCUGUACAUCUGGAAAAAUAAUAAAUUGAAUUUUAAAACAUAAA